GAGCCGUGCAUUCCUCUGGCACCAACGCGCCACUGUUUUUAAAGCCGGGGCUGGGAGCUGGCAUUUACUUCAGCUCCCAAAUCAAAGGCGGCUAUUCAUUCCCAAGAGCUGCCUGGAUGUUCGUCUGCAUCCGGCUGCUUCAUUGAGAUGCUGCGCGCUGCCCGGGGAGAGCCGGCCUGGGUGCAGCUGAGCUGCGGCCGCUGAGCCCGGCGCCCAGCGCUGGCCACCCCCACCCCUCCCCUCGCCGGGCUCCUCGCGCCCUCCCCACCUCGGGCUCUCCUUGCUGCAUUCCCGGAGCAGCUGGCCGGCCAGCCUGCAGGGAGCCUCGCUGCCUGGCUGAGUGGCCGGCAGCCGCUAAAGAUGUGCCCCAUCCGAGCUGUCCCUCGCUGAGUCUGAGGCCUGCUCACCACACCACCGCCAUGUCUCAGAUGCUACACAUCGAGAUUCCCAACUUUGGGAACACCGUGCUUGGCUGCCUCAAUGAGCAACGCCUGCUCGGCCUCUACUGUGAUGUGUCCAUUGUGGUCAAGGGCCAGGCCUUCAAGGCCCACCGGGCCGUCCUGGCGGCCAGCAGCCUCUACUUCCGAGACCUAUUCAGCGGCAACAGCAAGAGUGCGUUUGAGCUGCCCGGCACUGUGCCGCCCGCCUGCUUCCAGCAGAUCCUGUCCUUCUGCUACACAGGCAAGCUCACCAUGGCAGCUAGUGAACAGCUUGUGGUCAUGUACACUGCCGGCUUCCUGCAGAUCCAGCAUAUCGUGGAGCGUGGCACAGACCUCAUGUUCAAGGUGAGCUCGCCCCACUGCGACUCACAGACCGCCAUGAUCGAGGAUGCCAGCUCUGAGCCUCAGAGUCCCUGCAACCAGCUGCAACCAGCCACUGCUACCUAUGUCGCAUCCCCUUCUGUGCCCAUCCCGCUUCUGACCCGUGUAAAGCAUGAAGCCAUGGAGAUGCCCCCGGCCACUGGUCCGGGCCUGGCUCCCAAGCGCCCACUGGAGACAGGCUCUCGAGAUGGGGUGGCGAUGGCCACAGGUGCUGCGGGGACGCCUGGCGCAGCCCCUCUCAAGCUGCCCCGAGUCUCCUACUAUGGAGUGCCCAGCCUGGCCACUCUCAUCCCCAGCAUCCAGCAGGUGCCCUACCCCCAGGGGGAGCGGACCAGUCCUGGGGCCAGCAGCCUGCCCACCACCGACAGCCCCACUUCCUAUCACAAUGAGGAGGACGAGGAGGAUGAUGAGGCCUAUGACACCAUGGUGGAAGAACAAUACGGCCAGAUGUACAUCAAGGCCACGGGCAGCUAUGCAGUACAAGAGAAGCCUGAGCCCGUGCCACUGGAGAGCCGCUCCUGCGUUCUCAUCCGCCGCGACCUGGUGGCAUUGCCUGCCAGUCUCAUCAGCCAAAUUGGGUACCGCUGCCACCCCAAGCUCUACUCGGAGGGAGACCCUGGUGAGAAGCUGGAGCUGGUGGCAGGCUCUGGGGUCUACAUCACCCGUGGUCAGCUCAUGAACUGCCACCUGUGUGCAGGGGUGAAGCACAAGGUCCUGCUCCGGAGGCUCCUGGCCACCUUCUUUGAUAGAAACACACUGGCCAAUAGCUGUGGCACCGGCAUCCGCUCAUCCACCAGUGACCCGAGCCGAAAGCCACUGGACAGCCGAGUCCUGAAUGCUGUGAAACUAUACUGUCAGAACUUUGCCCCCAGCUUCAAGGAGAGCGAGAUGAACGUAAUUGCCGCGGACAUGUGCACCAAUGCCCGCCGUGUCCGCAAGCGCUGGCUGCCCAAGAUCAAGUCCAUGUUGCCAGAGGGCGUGGAGAUGUACCGAACCGUCAUGGGUGCCUCGGCGGCCAGCCUGCCCCUGGACCCCGAGUUCCCACCUGCCGCCGCGCAGGUGUUUGAGCAGCGCAUCUACGCUGAGCGUCGAAACGAUGCGGCUGCCAUCGUGGCUCUUCGAACUGAUGCUGUGAAUGUCGACCUCAGCGCUGCCAACCCAGCCUUCGAGGCCAGCGAGGAGGCGGAUGGGGCUGGCUCAGUUAUCCAGGAGGUGGCUGCCCCCGAGCCACUGCCCACUGAUGGCCAGAGCCCCCCACAGGCCUUUGAGCAGGGCAGUGCUAGCUCCAGCAGGCCCCAGACGCCAGCGGCCACAGCGACAAGAAGGCCGGAGGGCACCUAUGCAGGGACCUUGUAAGGGGCCAUAGAGGCUGCGUUGGGAGGGACCCAGUACUAAAGCUGCUUGCAUGCAUUACUAAUACAAACAAAUGUGAUCAAGCCACUUACCUACUGAACUGCUACUGCUGCCUGACAAAAAUGUGAUUUUUAUUCUGCCUGUAUUUAAAAUGAAGGAGACAAACGCAUUCAUUAUACUGUAAACAUUUAGGCCACUGGCCACACCCUGGGAGAAAGGUCCCAGGCCACUUUUUUAUAUUCCCCAGCUUAGAUUCCCAUGGUAGUGCCCCCCCUCCCCUUCUUGGAGAGGGAGGAGAGGCCGCCAGGCCCCGGUGCCCAGCCGUCCCUGCCCCCUAACCCUUCCUACUCCCCCUGCUCUGGAAGAGGAAAUUGGGGCAGUACUGACCUGCGGCUGGGUGAGGCAGACCUAUGACACUCCGUUUUCCUCACAGGGACCCCACUGGGGCAGCUGGGCAGUGCUGGGCCCCCAGGGGCCAAACUCCUCUAGUUUUCCUUCUUCCUGAGAAGUCGCCUAUGUGAGUGUGAGAGUGAGUGUGCGUGCGUGCGUGUGUGUGUGUGUGUGUGUGUGAGUGUGCAUGCAUGUGUGUACUCAGAGACCAGUGAUAACACUGCAGCCAUGGCUGUGGCUGGUCACCUGGGAGUGGGGGACCUCCACUCCCCGCCCCCACACACACCCAUGUCCUUGCUCUGCUCCGCCCGGAACCCCAGGGGCUAGCCUGCUGACCCCCAGGGCCCCUCUGCCCCUGGCCAUGGCUGCCCACCAUCCCAUGGGCUGUCACCUGUCCCUCCAGGGGCACACGUGCAGCUGGUACUACCCCUGCCGCCCUCCACCUCCCCAGCCACUCUGGGAUUUUCCUUGUUUGGUAUUUUUGUUUAGUUCCGAUCUAUUUCAUUUGUGGUUUGGAAAUUUUCAGACCCAAUAGAAAAAAAAAAAUGGUGAGGGAUGGGUGUCCCUUGCCCCCAGCUUACCACAGAUUGGGGUGAGUGCAUACCCAUGUCCCUCCAUCCUGGCCUCCCGUUGGAAGUGCAGCCAGGCAUAUGCAGCCAAGUUCACAGGAUGUGUGCAGGCCAAGCUGAGGGCCUGAGACCCUGCUAGGCAGGGUGCUGCCACUGGCUCUGGGCUCAUUCAUCACUCACACUAUUGGGAAUACCCAUGUGGGUACCCAAGGCUACAGGGGAUGGGCAGCAGACACAGGCCUGGGCUGCAGUGACAGAUAGGCGUGGAUCCCAUUGGGGAACUAGAGAGUCAGGAAAGCAUGAAGGGAGGGCCUGAAGGAGGGGCUGUGAGGACAGCUGGCUGGCUGGAGGCUGGAGUUUAAUCACUUUUAAGUGUUCACAUGGAAUGUGCUCCAGGGGCCAUUUUCCCAACUGUCUCUUCCUGGACCCUUAUCCAGGGACUGCCUGCCCACCUGCAGGGUCCAGCAACUCUGAUGGCCAAGGAUCACCCUCCCCAUUCCCAAACUUGAAAGGUCUAUUGUUCCCCAUUCUCUAUCCAUCCUGAGCUCGCUGCCCCAUGAACCAACCCCUCUUUUGUGCACACAGGCUGGGCAUUCUCCCCCCAGCUGAAGGGUCAUGAUGUAGGGAGCCUGGGGUGUGGUUUAGCACCCUCCAAGUAACCCCUUCCCACACUGUGCCAGAUACAAGUAUGUAUCUCCCCACUCCUCUGAAAGACCUAUGGUUUUGGAAAGGGGCAUCAUGGGCAAGCACCAUGGGGCCUAACCUGAAUCCCUCUACCUGUUCCUUGGUGACCCAAGGCCUGUAUUCUUGGGGCCAACCCAGAGGCUGACUCUUACCCAGUUCUGGAACCAGCGGUCACCUUUCUCCUGCCCCACGUUAGGCCCAGGUGGGUUGGAGCCCCAGCAAGCCCACUAGCGACCUGGACCAAAUCCUCUCCUGGUGCUGGGAGCAGGCCACGGGGCUUGCAGGCCCAAGGGAGCUGUACCAGUCUUCCUUCAUCCGCUUCCCUCACCCAAAUUUGCACUUUAAUUUGACCAUCCCUGGGGACCUUUGGGAGUCAGACCCGCCUGUCUCUGCUGGUGGCAGAAGGGCUCUCUGGCGCUCUGUAAUCCCUCCACUCUGAGAUUGGCGCAGCCCCCACCCUGGGCCAGCACAGGGAGGGUGCCGCUAGCCACUGGAGGAGCUGGUGGCUGCACAGAACGCCUGACCACUGCCCGGGCUAGCACAAUGUCCCUCACCCUCUGUCCCUUAAUUGUUUAUAAUCACCGUCUGUUUUAUUGUUUCUGGGUAAGGAAGGCAAGAGCUAUAGGUAAAACUUAAUAAUUAAAUGUGAAUGGAUUCUGAGCUCUCCCUGCGCCCUGGGCGGGCCAGGCCGAGCGUUUUGCACUAAUGUGUCCCUUGGUGGACGUAGUGGGGAGCGUUUGCAUAUGUGCGUGGCCGAUGACUGUACCUGCCGGGGGCGCUCCCUCCGCAUCCUUGAAUGUACCGAGAGGCUGGCAGGUGGCGGGCCUAGGCUCGGAGGGGCCUUCCAGAGUGCCUUAGCAUCUUUUGAUCAUUUUUUCCAAGGAAAACCAAUUAAGAAAACCGGACCCCCACCCCCUCCUUUGUUUACAAGAUGACUAAUUCCAGAGUCGGGGCUGUCUUGUCCUGCCAGCGUGACCACAACUCGUCCAGACCCUGUAGACGAGAGCCUCAGUAUUUAUGAGAUGCCUGCCCCUCUACUCCUAGCUUGACUACUAGCAAUACGCAUAUACUAUGUAGAGUCUAUUGUAGAGCUAUAAGUUUUAUCAGCACCUUUCCCACAAGGACAGUCUGGACUGGAUAGCAUUGGAGCUGCUGAGGUGGGGGCCUGCCCAGGAUCCAGCCACCUCUCUGCUCUACCAGAGCGGAUGGUACCCAAGGCAGCUGGGACGAGUGCAACAGGUCCAGAGGAAGGGACCAGAGAGACGGGGUGGAUACUGUGAGCUCAGAAGGACCGCCUGCCUGGCUGGCGGUCUCAGUACUUGAAUUGUGUCUUGUUUUCUACACUGGUUGUUUCAGCUUGAGUCUGAUUCGGUGUCUUACUUUGCCCUUGAAUGUGGACACAGUGGUGUGGUGAGAGGCAAGCAAGGAGACCCCGAGAGUCCUGCGUAGUGUGAGUGCGGGGCCGGGGAAAACUAGCUCUGUGGUGUUUGUGAUUAGAGCGGAGAGGAGCUGUGAGGGGCCGGCGGUCUAGCAGGGCCUGUCCCCUCCAGGGGACUCCGAGGUGCCUGGUCCUGACCUGGUUUAACAGCUGGAACUUUCUAGGUCUAGCGCUACCCCUGUCCUGCCCUGCCCUGUCAUGUCAUGUCCUGCUUGGGUUCCCCAAAGAGGGUGAGGCUUAGUGGAAGUGGGACAGGCUAGUAGCCCAUUGACCAGCUGAAAGAGAGACCUGUUGGCGUCUGCUUGCCCUGGAUCCUAAACUGGGACUGUGAGCCUGUGGUGCCGUCCCAGCUUUAACCACUGCCUCUAAUAGUUGCUGUGUGGUUCCAUGUGACGUCAGCCAGCCAGCUCCAUGCACCUGGCUUGGUAUACAGUGUUUCAAAAAUGGCAAAGGUGUUUUGCUUUUGUUUUAUUUUCUUGGAAAAGGGCGCAGAAUCUGAAGCGUUCUGGUCAGAUGCCUGCUUGUGUUCUGCCAGUCGCCUUGUUGCUAGCAUUUUGCACACCAUCGUGAUUUUUAUGUCAAAAGAAGCCAAAACUUGCAAUACUAUUUUUAGCAGACAAAAAAAUUAACUAAGUAUAAAAUGUAUAAAUAUUUUUGACUUGAAUGUCUGGGUAGCUCUGGGUGCAAGUAGAACAUUCAUCCCUUCCAUGGGAUGUUUGGGGAAAAUAGACUCGAGACAGUUGUUUUGAAGGCUCUGUCUAGGGGUUAAAAGUAGUACUGUAACUCACGACUGUUAGAGUAUGAGUUAAUAAAGCCAGUUACUCCCCUGCCGCUAAGGAGGGCUUCACAGAACCACUGAAGCUGGAACAGCCGCCAGGACGCUGUCUUUCUGUUGUUUUCGGGAGGAUGCCUUUGUUUAGUCCCUCCACAUCCUCCUCUCUCCCUUUCUGUGCUGUGAUCCGUAGUGACAAGACUGUUACUUUGUAGCCAUGGCUGACAACAUUGUAUCAAUAACUAAAACCUCGGCAAUGUCUGCAAGCCGACCAGGGAAACCAAGGGCUGUGAGCCUGUGCUCAGAGCAAAAGUGGACGUCUAUGACAGAAGGAUGUCAUCAUUAAUUGUAAAGCGCUUUGUAAAAUUCACAUUUACAGAAUAAUAAAGUCAAUUCAAACCCA